UGUCGCCAUAGCAACGGUUUGUUGAAUGGUGGAGUAAAGUGGGUUGAAUACAUGGCAAAAUGAAACUCAAGCGCUUCCUUCUCAGGUAUUAUCCACCAGGUAUAGCCUUGGAAUACGAGAAAGGAGGAUAUUUGAAGACCAAAUCAAUCGACCUGUUGGAUCUGACCCCAGAGACAGACCCAGAUGAAAUGUUGGCAGAAAUCAGGCAGUUGGAGCCUCUGAUCAGGUCAGAGUCCCAGGCCAAUCAGGUCAAACAGCUGAUCCUUCGACUGCAGCAGAAACAGGGCCAGCGGGAGGACCACAGGUUCUGUCUCUUCAAGGAGCUUAAGCCACACAUACUGCCGCUGACAAACAUUGCCUUUGACAAAUCAGGGUCGAGGUUUAUAACUGCGAGCUACGACAGGACAUGCAGAGUUUGGGACACAGCCUCAGGCACAGAGCUACACAAGCUGGAGGGUCACAGAAACGUGGUGUUUGCAGUUGCAUUCAACAACCCAUAUGGAGACAAGGUUGCCACCGGCUCUUUUGAUAAGACCUGCAAACUGUGGUGUGCAGAGACGGGCAAAUGUUUUCAUACCUUUCGCGGACACAUGGCAGAAAUAAUGUGCCUGGCGUUCAACCCCCAGAGUACACUGGUGGCUACAGGCAGCAUGGAUGCCACUGCCAAGCUGUGGGAUGUGGAGACUGGGGAGGAGGUGCACACAUUGACUGGUCACACUGCAGAGGUCCUCUCUCUGUGUUUUAACUCAGUGGGAAAUCAGCUUGUCACAGGCUCCUUUGACCACACUGCUGCUAUAUGGGACGUUGCGUCAGGAAGACGUGUCCACACUCUAAUAGGUCACAGGGGGGAAAUCAGUAACGUUCAGUUCAGCUGGGACGGCUCCCUCAUAGUCACAGGCUCCAUGGACAAAACCUGCAAGUUGUGGGAAGCAGUCAGUGGGAGGUGUGUGGCCACUCUAAUUGGACACAAAGAAGAGGUGCUGGAUGUGUGUUUUGAUUUAAGUGGUCAGCUCAUUGCUUCUGCCUCUGCUGAUGGUACAGCGCGACUGUUCAGUGUAACCACAGAUCAGUGUCUUGUGACUCUAGAGGGCCAUGAUGGAGAGAUCUCUAAGAUCUGUUUCAGCCCACAGGGCAGCAGGAUCCUGACUGCCAGCUCAGACAAGACAGCUCGUCUGUGGGAUGUUAAGUCUGGAGUCUGCCUACAAGUCCUAGAGGGGCACACCGACGAGAUCUUCUCCUGCGUCUUCAACUAUGAGGGCGACACUAUCAUUACAGGAAGCAAGGAUAACACAUGCCGGAUCUGGCACUGACCCCUCCCUCGACCCUGAACAGGCUCAGACUGGCAGAUGCACGCUCACAACAAUCAGUUUGACCCACUGUUAAUCUUUGUAAUUGUGGAAUACCCACUGAAUUCUCGACAUCUGUGUAAGGUCAAAGUGCCAUUGCAAUUCAUAGUCACUUGAUUAUGUAAUUGUUUCUCUGAUGUUCCUGCUGUAACUUGUUCCCUGACUGUACUAAAUUUGUACUGGGUUGUACCAGUAGACCUACACUUGUAUUUACUGUGGCGUUAACAGCAUGAGAAUUUUGCUCAUAAAAAUGUCAUGAAGUAAUUGGAACUUUUCAACUUUUGGAGCAGUUUGACAAUUUGGGACAUUUGCUUGGACAAAGCCAGGAGGCGCUUGGCUUAGUUUAGCAUAAAGACUGGAUCAAAAAUAUGCCCUCCAGCCCCUCUAAAGUUAUUAACACGCCAGAUAUUGACAGUACAUAACUCCCAAUUUGACCACAACACUUCUGUUUGUGUUGAGAAUUAAACAAAAUCAGCUAUGUGGAUUUUUAAACUUAAGACAAAGCCAGGCUACAGUAGCUGUGUCCCCCUGCCUUGAGUUUUUAUGUGAGAUUAAGAUGAUUAUCUUCUGGCAGUAGCUUCCUAGUUAAUACACAGACAUAAGAGUGGUCUCAUGCUUCUUUUAUAACGCUUGGCAAGACAAUAAGGAAGCAUAUUUCCCAAAAUGUCGACUAGCUCUUUUAGUAACUGUGAGCUAGACUUGGCUGUUUGAGCUGUAAACAUACCAAAUGUUAUGUUAACUCAUAUUCAUACAUGGGCAUUACCAGAAAUGUUUGCCCAUGUUUCAUCCUACCUAACAAAAGGUAUCUUUACUUUUGUUCCCACUGCCUUUGUACGUUUCUGUUAUGUUUACUUAGCAGUAUUAUCUGAAAGCACAAUAAAAUAUUGAAUGUUUAUUCAGUAGCUUUGGAUUAUAUUCUCACUGCAUCUGCGACAAGCUUUUGGGGAAACCAGGCAACAGGAUGUAAUGCUGAUCUGGAUAAAUUUGUCUUGUCUGCUGAAUGUGACUAAUGAUCAAGAGUCCUUGUAUUUCACAUCACAGAAAUUUAUUGAUGUCAAAAGAUAAAUACAUUCAGUUCUAUUGUGACAGAGUUUACAGCUGAAUCGUGUGCUUUUUUUCCUAAUGCUGAUGUAACACUAGAGUACCACUAAGUAUAGAAAUAAAACAGACCAAAUUCACGUACAAAUUCAACAUUACAAACCUUACUCUGUCUUCCUGACAUAGUAAAAGCUAAAGAGAGCAGUCCACUACUCCAAGGUGCAGCAGUUCCAAAUCUACAGUAUAUACAGUACAGCUAUCCAAAAUAAUCAGUUCUCAAGUAACAUGAACGAGAUAACAUACGUACUUAAAACUGAAUUUCAAGGUCACGACAGAGGUGGUAUGUUGGCCGAUGAACACAACAAAGAGAUGGGCGCUUUGCUUACCUUAAGCAAAUGUGCACUUCUAAGUGGCUAUCAGAAGAAAGUGAAAGAGUUUUUUUCUGGGCUUCAGUUUCAACAGCCUCUUUUACAAGAUAGUUUUGAUACAAAAGUUUUGAGCAUGUUGAGUUGUGGGAAGGAUUUAACCUGAUUUUCCUAUCUUCUAUUGGUUCUUUGCUUCAUAUGUAUUCAUUUAAAAUAAAUAAAUAAACACAUUAUUUCUUUGUGAGAUUCUGUAAAUAUAUAUAUAUGUAUAAUUAUAUAUUCUGGAGCAGUUAAAACCUGCUGACUAUAAUCUCUUGAAGGCUAGUUCAUUCCCAUCAGGAACGUCUAGCUCUGUGUUUGUGUCUCACUAGAGACGUGAAUCUGAAAACAAAAACAUGCUUUUAUUAAAGGGAGACUGGUCCAUUCAUGGCUGUGAGCAGACAAACACAAUGUCCAUGGACAGACUGAGGUGUAUGAAAUUCUCAAGUAUGCCGAUCGCGUUGUGCUCUCAGCUUGCAGUAGGAGACACUUGGUGUGAUGAGACAAGAUCAGGCAAACAGGAAAAUGUUAGAAGUGUGACAGAGUGAGG